AUGGGCGGACGUCGGGUCAGCGGCCAAAAGGCACUUGCCGGCUUCCAGGCGGAUCAGGCUGGCGGCAAGGGGCCUGAUUACACCGAGAUUGGGGAUGUCGCGCAGAGGGCAUUUACGGCUUAUAACCACGGCGAUUAUGGUAGCGGCGGCGGUGGUGGUGAGGAGGGGAAGAAGGAUCUUGCUAAGAUUGGGAAGGGGAUCGCUACUGGAUUUGGUGGUAGGAAGACGGAGGAGGGGAAGUUGGGAGGAACUGAUGGUAAGUUGAAGGCUGGGGAGGGGACUGGAGAAGGCGAAGGCGAAGGUGAAGGUGAAAGUGAAAGUGGGGGUGAAAGGCUCGGUGAAGGGAAGCAGACCAAGCUCCAAGGUGAUGAUGAUCUGGCCGUUUCGAGGUCGAAUGCGGGGGAUACCACCGGCCUGGCGAAUAAGACGCUCCCUGGAGGGGAGCUGGACUCUUCUACUGAGAAGAAGGGAUUGAACUCUCACGCCAGGCGAGAGGCUGGUGACAGUACCGGUUGGGAGAAGGGCGGUUUGGGUGAAGAUGAGGGUGUCUUUACUGGUAAUGAGGGGGACAAGACCGACGUCAGGAGGAGCAGCGAGACGACGACCCCUGGGCAAGGACUCGGUCGCUCGGGACAGCAGCCUGCUGGCAUUACCGGUGACGAAGAAGAGACUCUUGGGAAUCAGCCGGUUGAGAAAUGGAUGAAGUGA